GCGCAGACUCAAUCCCCGCUGCAGCUCACUGCGUUUCCGUAGCACAGCGUCGCUACCCGCUGAGCCCUGACCGGGGAAGCAGCUCAGGAAACGAUUGAUCCCCCGAUCGAAUAACGCCAAAGAAAGCUGGCGAGAAAAUAAAAAAAAAAACACCCCCCCCCCCAAACCAACCAAAUGACGGAUUAACACCGAUACAUCUGAGAGGACAAGCCGAAUCGAUGCUCGGGACUCGGGUGCUUUUCGGAGAGCGAGUGCUGGCAGCAUGUGAGAUGUACACGGACAUAUUAACUGUGCGUUAUUCCGGCUAACUAGCUAGCAGCUACCCUCCCUCCCUCCUCUCCCUUCUCUCUCUAUACGACUCAUGGUAGCUCGCUUGACCUGUUUUCUCCACCGUCGCGUCCAUACCGGAGUAAAAUGAAGAAGUUUAACAUUAGGAAGGUGCUGGACGGCUUGACAGCGGCUUCUUCUUCCUCCUCCUCCUCCUCCUCAGCUGCUGCCCAGUCGGGAGCUCCCCGGGAGAACGACGCCGUCCAGGAGACCCUCCAGUCGGACCAUUUCCAGCUGUGCAAGACUGUGCGUCAUGGCUUCCCAUAUCAACCAUCCUCGAUGGCUUUUGACCCCGUGCAGAAAAUCUUGGCCGUCGGGACUCAGACUGGAGCUUUGAGGCUCUUUGGCCAUGCGGGUGUGGAGUGCUACUGUCAGCAUGAGAGCGGUGCGGCUGUCAUCCAGCUCCAGUUCCUGAUCAACGAGGGGGCGCUGGUGAGUGCCUUAGCUGAUGACAGCAUCCACCUGUGGAACCUGAGGCAAAAAAUCCCUGCGAUCCUGCAUUCUCUGAAGUUCAACAGGGAGAGAAUCACAUACUGCCACCUGCCCUUCCAGAGCAAAUGGCUUUACAUUGGCACAGAAAGAGGAAACAUCCACAUCGUCAACGUGGAGUCCUUCACUCUCUCAGGCUACGUCAUCAUGUGGAACAAAGCCAUCGAACUAUCCACCAAGACACACCCAGGGCCUGUCGUGCACAUCAGUGAUAACCCCAUGGAUGAAGGAAAGCUUCUGAUUGGAUAUGAGUGUGGGGUAGUGGUGUUGUGGGAUUUGAAGUCCAAAAAAGCUGACUGCCGUUACAAUUAUGAUGAGGCGAUCCACUCAGUAGCCUGGCACCAUGAGGGUAAACAGUUUGUCUGCAGCCACUCUGAUGGCACUCUGACCACAUGGAAUAUACGAGUCCCAGCCAAGUCUGCACAGAUCAUCACACCACAUGGAAAGCAACCUAAGGAUGGAAAAAAGCCAGAACCAUGCAAGCCUAUCCUGAAGGUGGAAUACAAAACAACAAGGGCUGGGGACCCGUUCAUGGUCCUGUCUGGAGGUCUGUCUUACGACACAGUGGGGAGGAGAGCCUGUCUGACUGUGAUGCACGGAAAGAGCACUGCCGUCCUGGAGAUGGACUACCCCAUCGUAGAUUUCCUAACGCUGUGUGAAACUCCAUAUCCAAAUGACUUUCAGGAGCCUUAUGCUGUGGUGGUCCUCCUCGAGAAGGAUUUAGUUCUAAUAGACCUCGGACAGAUUGGGUACCCGAUAUUCGAGAAUCCAUAUCCUCUGACUAUCCAUGAGUCACCAGUGACCUGCUGUGAAUACUUUGUCGACUGCCCUGCUGAACUUAUUCCUGCACUUUACUCUGUCGGAAGCCGGCAAAAGAGACAAGGUUACAGCAAGAAGGAAUGGCCCAUUAGUGGAGGAAACUGGGGCCAAGGCACUCAGAGUUACCCAGAGAUCAUAAUCACUGGACAUGCUGAUGGUUCGAUCAAAUUUUGGGAUGCUUCUGCAUUGAUGCUUCAAGUUCUGUACAAGCUGAAGACUGCCAAGGUUUUUGAGAGGGCUCGCAGUAAGGAGGAUAAGGCAAAUACAGAUAUAGUAGAGGAGGACCCGUUUGCCAUCCAGACCUUGUCCUGGUGUCCUGAGAGCAGGAUGCUCUGUGUGGCCGGGGUGUCUGCCCACAUUAUCAUCUAUCGGUUCAGCAAACAGGAAGUCACCACUGAAGUCGUGCAGCUUCUGGAGGUGCGGAUGCAGUGUGAGUUUAACUGCGGGGACUCCCCCGAUCCAGGAGGGCCGCAGACCCCCACCCUGCCCACGCCGGGAGCUUCCUCCAGCCCUCAGGAGAGCGAGCCUCCCACUCAGCCCUCCACAGGCAACACCUCCUCCGACGGACCCCGGGACAACAUACCAUGCCUGCAGGUGCGGAGCUCCCCGCUGAAGCAGUCUCCGGGCUACCAGGUGGAGCUGGUGAUCCAGCUGGUGUGGGUGAGCGGGGAGCCUCCUCAGCCGAUCACCAGCCUGGCUAUCAACUCCUCCUACGGCCUCGUGGUGUUUGGAAACAGUAACGGUCUGGCUGUGGUCGACUACCUCCAGAAAACUCUGCUCCUCAACAUGGGCACGUCGGAGCUGUACAGCCCGUCCGACCCGUACCAGAGGCAGCCUCGCUCCCCACGCAAAGUGCGACAGCCCUCUGGAGCAACCUGUGAUUCAAUCGAUGGGUCCAACACCUCAGAGGACCGCUGCAAAUCACCUACUUCAGGAUCUACCUCACCUUGCAAUUCUGAUGAUGAACGAAAACAGAAGUUCAUAGAGAAGGUGAAGUUCAAAAGCAGACGCUUUUCCAAGACGGUUGCCAAUGACUUUGCCAAGAUGUCACGGAAAAUUAGCUCGUCUAGCGAGCAAAGGCCAGACCUGGCAAAGGAGAGGUCCCAAAAAUGGCGCUCUAUCACGUGUAAGAAGCGCAUUUGUUGUGUGAACGAAGGCAAAGCUGCAGCCAGGAUGACCCAGAAGGGGGCCGUCUAUAGAACUGAAUCAACCCCCAACUUCUAUGCCAAGGAUAACUCAUUCACCCGCUCACGCAGUUCAAGUGUAACCAGCAUAGACCGAGAAUCUCGAGAGGCCAUCUCCUCCUUUCACUUCUGUGAGAGUUUCCCCAGAAAGACGGACAGCGUGCUCGGCCCCUGUCUGCUGGUGGGAACCACGCAGGGCACUGUGAUGACGGUGGCCAUCAGCCUGCCGCCCGGUGCGGACCAGAGGCUGCUGCAACCAGUUGGCAUCUCCUCUUGUGGCAGUAUGGUCACCCUCAAAGGAGGCAUUCUGACGAUGGCCCUGUUGGACGCCACUGGAGCUCUGCUGCCCCCUUCCUACGAGCCGUGGUACGACCCGAACGCCUCGGAUGAGGAGAAGGAGAAGAGCCGGAGGCGCAGGCCAGCCUCCCCUCCCUCGUCUCAGGACGGUCCGGAUGCCCAGUUCGCUGUGCUGUGUUCGGAGAAACAGGCCAAGGUGGUGGCCAUGCCGUCCCAGACCCGCAUCUACAAACACAACAUCACAGAGAGCUCCUUCGUGCUGAGGGCCGAUGUUGUGCAGAUGGCCGGAGCUUACUGCAUCGCCUGUUUCUGUGCUAACGGACAUAUCAUGACUCUGAGUUUACCCAGUCUACGGCCUCUGCUGGAUGUGAACUACCUUCCGCUGACAGACAUGCGGAUAGCCAGAACGUUCUGCUUCUCCAACCUGGGUCAGGCCCUGUACCUCACCUCCCCCACUGAGAUCCAGAGGAUCACAUAUAGCCAGGAGACCUGCGACAAUCGACAGGAGAUGCUCAGUGAGUUAUUUACCCCUGUGGAGACACCAGAGGCUCCUAACAGAGGGUUCUUCAAAGGCCUGUUUGGGGGAGGAGCUCAGUCUCUGGACAGGGAGGACCUCUUUGGGGAAACGGGUGCUGGCAAGGCCUCCCGCAGCCUGGCCCAGCACAUCCCUGGCCCGGGCAUGGAGGGCAUGAAGGGUGCAGCGUCUGGGGUUGUUGGAGAUCUGGCCCGCGCACGGAUAGCUCUGGACGAGAGAGGGCAGAAACUGGGAGAGCUGGAGGACAGAACGGCCGCCAUGAUGUCCAGCGCGGAUUCAUUUUCCAAACACGCUCAUGAUAUGAUGCUGAAGUACAAAGAUAAGAAGUGGUACCAGCUCUGAUGGCAGCGUGUGGAGCAUCAGACUCUGUAUUCACGCACAACAGUAUCUCCUCUUCUCUUCUCGAUUCCUCUCCACACGGGGGGGUUCUGCUCAACAGACUUCAUGCUUUUAUUCUCAGCACAAUAUCAUACACUCUGCAUUACCUCAGCCACCGGAGGACCGCCGCGGAGGAGACACCGGCCGACCCCGACUUAAUGACAACGGAAAGAAAUGGAAGAAGAGAAGCUGUCAGGAAUCUCUCUUUCCAUUUCACCUGAGAGCGAUGAUGUUCAUGUAACAUCGUUUCGCAGAACAGGAGAGAGGUGACCUUUCAUAUCCAUCAGUCAUGCACAUAUAUAUCUCCUAUAUAUAUCUAUAUAUAUAUAGAUAUAUAUGUAUAUACACACACCCUGAUGUUUUGUUCUGAAAAAGGAAAGACAAUUGUGCAAAACACGUGCUUUGGUGGCCUGAUUGCAAUUGUACUUUUUUUGCUUUCUCUGCCCUUUAUGAUGUCUGCCAAACACAGUGGACUAAAAUGAGGAGAAAAGUCUGAUUACCCCCUUGUCCUUCAAGUCUAAUCAAGUCAAUGAAGAUGUCCGUUUCUAUAGGAACGAUCGGAUCAAUGAAGGACUUGUGUCUGCUUGUUUUAUUGUAAAUUAUUUUUAUAGUUUGUCCUCUGUCGUUUCGCCAGUCCGUCCAGAAAGGGCCUCUCUAGUACUUAGAACCGUAAAAACUAGACAGGGAGAUGAUGAAUCUAUUGCCUCUCACUGAAUAAGGGCUGGUAGUACACUAGUUCAUCACCGACCAUUCCUUUAUACAGCAUUUUCCAACAAAUUUGUUUUAGGUGAGAAAGAAUAUUUUCUGAGAAUCACUUUGGUUUUUAUUUUAAAUUAGUUUAUUUAUUGGAACAGUGUAAUAGAUAAGAAGUAAAAGAAGUUUGUAUGUUGGGCAUUGAAUUUAAUUUUUAUUUCCUUUUGAUGAAUUAAAUGCGCAAAAAAAAAGUGCUGAAAAUGUUUACCCCUGAUGAAGAGUUUACACUGAUCUAUCGGAAAAAUGAAGAGUUGAUACACUGGAAAACCCCUGAAGGUCUUCUGUUCUUCUGUCUAUCACGGGGCUGUAGCUGAUUCUUGUAUAAGAAGAGAUGUGUAUUUAAGGGCAAGACAAAGAUUGUCCUUAUUAUGAUUAGCAUAAAUGUAUAUUUUGGUUACAAUUUCUUUGUGUGAUAAAGAUUCUAUCUAUACACGAUUAUUCACAUUUAUUUUUUCGCAUUCUGUCGCAGCUGAUUUUGGUCUCGUUUCUCAAUGUGUGGGGAAAAAGCAUGUGUCUCUUACAGCACAAUGGAAAUUGUAACGCUGUCUUGGUAUUGAUAGCUGCCAGCAGAAAAGACCAAGCACCAGAGUGUAACACGCAGUGCCACUGGUCAUCUCUCUCUGAACCAUUCACUUCAAAACUGUUUCUCUUCUGCCUUUGCCUCAUGACGCGUAUAACCUAACCUCUACCUAUGUGUAUGUCUGUGUGUGUGUGUGCGUGUGUGUGUGACAUACAUAUAUUCAGGAAUAUGUGUAUGGGCGCCAAUAUUUAUAAUACUACAUAGAUACAGUGUAUUACAAUAGGUCUUUUGAGGGUUUUUUUUCUUUUGCUUGACUGUGUUUUUUCAAUGUGGUUAACUAGAAUUCUAUUGUACAUAGAUUUCUUUUUCAUGAGGUGCAAGGAUAUGCUGCUAUUUGUGUCAAUGUAGGAGCAUUAUCUGUCGGUCUUUUAUUUUGAAAAACAGGCAAUUCUUUGUCAGUCCAGAUUGCUGCCAAAUGUUAUAAAUAACGGGACAGCUGGACACAAAUCUGACAGUGCAGGUUCAGGCAACGUGACAUACUGUACGCUUUGCGGCCAUGUUCUUUUCCAACACCAAAGAGUUGCUUAAUUUCACAGAGUUGUCUUGAUUUUUCCCCAAAUGGUGAGAGUCAGUCUGGAUACAAUGGAGGACACUCUUAAGUCAAGAAGUCUGCUGAGUGGAGGGGAGGAUAGAUCGGCUCUAGUUUCUUCUUACGGACAUGCCACGCUCAUAACCCAAACUGCUGUUUAAUAUGUUCGGAAUACAGGCAACGUGAAUUUGAAGAGUUUAAUUCCAUAAUGAGAUCAUCUGACUCGUGGAAAAUGGUUGCACGCAUUAAGUUUAAAGUUUCAACCAUUUUGUUAGACAUUAGAGUAUUAAAUCAUGUAUACUAAAGAGGUGUUGAGUUAUCAAUCACAACAAAAAUGUUUGAUCUAAAAUGGAUUAAUACAUUUUGGAAUAUAAUCCUUCAUUUUUGGCUGGCUGAUUUUAAUCUGCUCUACUGUGUACCGCUGAGAUAAACCCAUCUGAAAGAGAAGUUUCCUGGGUUUUGCACUAUAUUUUGUACUUAAAAUAAUUUUGUUAAUAUUGUUUUUAAAUAUGUUUAUUUUUCUCCGUCCCAUUUUUUCUUAUUUUUGAAAGGACCAAAACAUGACAGUACCUAUGCUUAUCUAUGUCAUUUGCCAAUUAUGCUGAUUGCUUCACUCUCAGAUUUGUUUUCAAUGUCAGUUUAAUGAUACUAUGAUAUAUUUAUAUAUUUGAGAAACAAAUAUAUAUAUACUUUUCAUUUCAAUAAUCUAUUAAAAAUGAAUACCUUUAAUGUAAUUUUUUGGGAUAGAAUAACUCAUUAAUAUACAAACAAUGGUUGUGCAUAAUUAUCCAUCAUCCAUACAUGACAAUAAACAUUUUCUGGUUCUAUAUUGAACAUGCUCAUCUCAGAUUCAAGCUUUGCUACUGCAGGAGGGUCACCUCCUCUCGGUGGGGCCGCUGAGUCUUUCUACAAAGUGUGGCCUCGACUUUAAAGUGCUUCAGUUUGCAACAUAUAUGGUCUAAAUGGUCUCUUAUUGCACAUUGAAGGAUGCAUGAUAUUAAGUGUUUACAAACUUGAAACAACCAUGUAUUAUCCCUCUUAGAGAUUGUCCGUCUGUUCUGGCAUUUGUAUUUACCACCACGUUGAACAAAACUGAAGUUCUCAUCACACGUCUGAAGGUGUCCCAUUUUCAUUUGAUCAUGCCAAUUGUGUAAGUGUGAGAGAUUAUAUUUAUUUUAUUGGUACAUCCGUUCAUGUUACUGUUUGCUUCAUGAAAACUCUUGCUUUCCCCUGCACUGUAGAAAUGCAUAGAAAACAAAGCUGACUCACAGCGCCGUGCAGGAGAGCUCAAGGGGUUUUCUCAGUCGCCAUACUUCCAUCCAUCUGUCUGUCUUCUGGGAUGAAUAUCUGUGGAGCUGCAGUAUUUUCUCAUAGUAGGCAAUUUUUGUACAGUUUUAUUAAAAUAAAUUUCACAUGGAUGUCUGACUUAAUCUGCUGCCACAAACAAUUUAGACUGUAGAUACAGUAUAUAUAGAUAUUAUUGUGCAAUGGAAAAAUAAAUGUAAAACCAAUCAUAACAUGUUUUGUCUUGUGUUUUCUGUUCCAUG